AUGGAGCCGGCAGCCGGGAACCUCAGCGACGGGAACGCGAGCGGCCCCGAGCCCCCAGCCCCGGAGCCCAGGCCGCUCUUCGGCAUCGGCGUCGAGAACGUCGUCACCCUGGUGCUGUUCGGCCUGAUCUUCGCGCUCGGCGUGCUGGGCAACAGCCUGGUGAUCACCGUGCUGGCGCGCAGCAAGCCUGGCCGGCCGCGCAGCACCACCAACCUGUUCAUCCUCAACCUGAGCAUCGCCGACCUAGCCUACCUGCUCUUCUGCGUCCCCUUCCAGGCCACGGUCUACGCGCUGCCCUCCUGGGUGCUGGGCGCCUUCGUCUGCAAGUUCAUCCACUACUUCUUCACCGUCUCCAUGCUGGUCAGCAUCUUCACGCUGGCCGCGAUGUCCGUGGACCGCUACGUGGCCAUCGUGCACUCCCGGCGCUCCUCCUCCCUGCGGGUGUCCCGCAACGCGCUGCUGGGCGUGGGCUUCAUCUGGGCGCUGUCCAUCGCCAUGGCCUCGCCCGUGGCCUACCACCAGCGCCUCUUCCACUGGGAGGUCAGCAACCAGACCUUCUGCUGGGAGCAGUGGCCCAACCAGCGCCACAAGAAGGCCUACGUGGUGUGCACCUUCGUCUUCGGCUACCUGCUGCCGCUUCUGCUCAUUUGCUUCUGCUACGCCAAGGUCCUCAAUCAUUUGCAUAAAAAGUUGAAGAACAUGUCAAAGAAGUCAGAAGCAUCGAAGAAAAAGACCGCGCAGACGGUUCUGGUGGUGGUUGUGGUUUUUGGGAUCUCCUGGCUGCCACAUCAUGUCAUCAAUCUCUGGGCCGAGUUUGGGGUUUUCCCGCUGACCCCCGUCUCCUUCCUCUUCAGAAUCGCCGCUCACUGCCUGGCCUACAGUAAUUCCUCGGUGAAUCCUAUCAUAUACGCUUUUCUCUCGGAAAAUUUUAGGAAGGCCUAUAAGCAAGUGUUCAAGUGCCACACGCGCAAUGAGUCACCUCUUAAUGAUACGAAAGAAAAUAAAAGUCGAAUAGAUACCCCGCCAUCCACCAAUUGCACUCACGUGUGAGAGUGUUAGAGUGCUCGUGUGGAGUCUCAGACAGAGCACGGUACGACGAGGGGUUAGCAAGCCUGCAACUUCUUGUGCUCAUGACAAGUCGCAUCAUUUUAGUUCCACUUGUUUUUGAAAACAAUACUUUGAUCCAUUUAGGAAAUCUCGAGGUCUAGUAAAGAUUGUUUCUAAAUUCUAUUUCAAAACAAAAGGGAACGUUACAUAGUUUUUUACACCUUUACAGAAACGAAAGGUUAAUAGAAUUCCAUCGACAUGUUCAAUUCUUCAUAGGACAGCCUACAAAGAUGGUCAGGAAUACUGGCGAUCUACAUUUUGAAGCCAGUUUAUUUAGGAAAAAACACACGUAUGUGUUAAUUCUUCAAUUUUAAGAAACGAGGUAAUAUUGCGAGGUAUGUGUUUCAAAAUAUGAUCAUGGAUACACGAUCAAAGUUUGACCUGGAUUUCAUUUUUUUUGUGGCCAUUUAUAUAGAGGCGCAUCUGUUAAAUGGCAGUGAGACUUUGCCAAGUCGAUUUGCACCGGCCUCAUUUGCCCCCAACUGUAAAUAGUGAACAUGGUUUCCGGAGAUGAGCUUCACCUGUCUGUGGUCAUGAGGGCCCAUUAACUUCAUCUCCGGAGACCAGCCCAGCUGCACAGCGGUGACUCAGGGUGACGGACAUUGGCCGGGCCACUUAAAACUAUUCUGCGAUGUAGGCUUUGCAGAGUUACCUAAAAAAAAAAAUCAGGGAAAAUGCCAAGGACAACUAUUCUAAUAGUGGAAGCUUCCAGUGAGAUCCAAGAGGGAACGUGGUCAUUAAAGUUUUACAAAUAUAUCGCCCAGGGUAUUUUGUGUGCCUUGAGUGGAACCGAGCCAAAAGGGAGUUAAAAAAAAUGCCAGUGAGGAUGAUAUGUGGGUAGUUUCUAUGGGGCUGGGGAGAAGUCAGAAUCCAGUAAGACACAUGUGGAAAGCAUACGCAACAUGUGAUUCAGAUAACAUUAGAAGAAAAGGAAUCUUCUGAGUAGGUAUACCCAGGGAUAUAUGUUGGACAAACACAUGCUUUGUUUCAUUAAAUUUGUAGUAAUGUUAAAUGCACAUUUACCCCCAAUAUUACUUCCUCGAAAAUGAUCAUACGCUGAAUUUCAAAUGUACUUUUCAUGACAAUUUCGUCUUUAUCCAUGUGUAGAAUGAAAAACAUGGGAUGAAGAGAUUAAAUUAUUCUACCUUAGAACAGUAGUUUUCAGACUCCAGGACUUUGCUAUAUUUUGUGAGAAUACAACACCAGGAAGACUUUUUGAAAAAGGAUUUAGUGUAAUGCACACCCGUGUCAAAUCAGGAUUCCAUAGGAAAUAUCAAAUUUUAGAUGAAAAAACUCGAUAUAAGUCUUUGCAUGUUAAAUUUUCCAGCUGAUGAAUUCAUUGUCACUAAUCACACUCCUCCAGCAAAUGGCAUUUACAUUUGCAAUGCUUGAACUGAUUCUCUAGCCAGAAUAGGAGAAAAUUCUUCGAAAGGAUGGGAAAUCAUGAGCUCUCAAGUUUGGUGGCUAGGGAAAGAAGUUGCAUGUAUGUGUGAUGCCAGUGUUUUAGAGGACAGCCUAAGUCCUCUGCAUGGAAAAUUCUUUGCACUUUAUUCAAAUACAGCCGCAGAAACAUUGUACCCUGACAGUGAUACCUCAUGUGCUUUGUGGAACUUGAAGUCGCCAUUGCAGACGCCAGAACAGGUCGUGUGUGUGUGUGUGAACCCCCACAGCUGUACAAAGAGGUGCCUCCUGGUGGCCUUUGGACUUGCAUGGUCGACAAAGGCUUCCUGCACCCUGGCCGUUCCUUUGUUUUCCUCUUGUGAUCCCUCCACACACGGAAGUAUUCGAAGAAAUGCCGGACCUAAUGUUUCUGUUUUCUACGAAGCACGUGGAAGAUGUAUUUACGUACCCACCCGUGUUCCCUUGGUCCAUCCCAUUUGUGGCUGGCGUGACGGAAGCCAGAAGCAUAGCGCCAGAGUCAUAGCCGGCACCUGCAAAACCUCCCAUUUGCUGAGUGUACAUGCGGACCCGUUAGAUAGGGUAUUUUUCCCGUCCAUCGGCGUUUAAGUCAAUUCCUCUUAUUCAGAGCCUAGGUGGUCCACUGGUGUAACAAACUUUGAGGCUGAUGAUGACUCGGGCCCUGCGAAGAUCUGAACCUCUGUGAAGCUGUCUGCGUGAGGAGUUCCAGAAGGACUGGAACAGACUUCAGUUGCCCAGAGAGGCGUCAGAGUGUCUUGCAUUGACCAAGCGCGUGCUUCCUAGGUGGCGGUUUUUCUAACCUAUAAUUAACGCAACCAAGUCAGAAGCACCUUUGCUUCCUCCUUUAAAUAAAGAAGGCCUCCCUAGGACACGCUUUUCCUUGCAGCAGCCAGACUAACGGACAAAUGCUGCAUUUGCCUUUGAAGUUGGGCGCCUUGCACACCAUGUUAUUCAGUGCACUUCAAAGAGAAUUGAUGUCGUCUCCUUAGAUUUGGCUGCCUCCGUACCAGAAGGCGGUUGUGAUUUUUUUCUGGGCUUUUAGUUUUUCACAUUUGGACACUAGCUCUGGAAUAUUUAAAUGGCCGAAAUGUUGGCUGCUUCACACGGAUGGGGACGGGUUUCAGUCUCCUGCCGAUGAAUAUAGUGACGUGGUUGGAACGACUUUCUCACCCCGCGACCCCAGGAGAUACCUUAAGUAGACGCUGUCUGCGUUCUGACCACGUGUGUCCUCAGCAAUGUGGGGACAGAGGCCAUUUUCUGAAUAUUUUAGGUAAAUAUUUUCGCCUUUAAUGAAAUCGUUCAAUGCACACCUUAGGAGUAAAACAGUCAUUUCCUUCUCUUCCUCCGCCCCCCCCCCUCUUGUGCUUUUCUCGAAAUGUGCUUCUAUCCCGAGUUUCUCACUCUCGUAUCUACCCUGGUGAAAUCCGGCCUUUUGACUCAGAUGUGAUGAGUUACAGUGAACAGAGAAGGCGCUUGCUGAACCCACUCGUGAGUCACUCGUGAGUCAACUUUACUUGCGGCCUCGAGGAUGAUUGCAUUUGCUCAGCGCCUCAGAUGCGGGGAGACGGUGCAGUCGUAGUCCCCGAGUGUUAGCGGAAACCCGGGGCCGGGCUUCUUCUGAGCAGGAGAGAAUAACUUAGCGAGACAUUCAUUUCCUCUCCACAGAUGCUUGCGGGUCCCCAAACGCCCGCGUUGAAGCAGCAUUGCGUUAAAUAAAACCAUGUACAGCUUCCCCCUCUUCUUUGCCUAAGAGGAUAUUUUAAAUGCAUGUAUGUAAACCACAUAGUCCUGUAAUUGGGGUAAAUCUAUCAACGUGGCUGCUUCCACCGGACCCUUCUCUUCUGAAAUUUGUAAAUUGUGAUCGACACUGACUGCAGGGAUCUCCCACGUUUGAAAUUUGUAACCGGCUUUCUUCCUAAGGCGAUCCUGUUCUUGGCCGUUAGAAAGUGCUCCCUAUUAGGCUGUUCGUCAAGUGGAUGUUACGGACUUGUGUAUUAUAAAAAAGCCAUCUAUACGAGGAGUAGGUGGCCCCAAAUGCUGAUGGCCACCUAUUGUCUUAGGAAGAACAGGAUGGCAGUUGUAUUUCAAUUUAUAAUGUACUUUGAUUUUUCUCUUUUAGAAGAGGAAAAGUUGGGGCUGAGGAACAACUGAACGCACCGACCACGUCUUCGGUGUGGGCUGUGUCUGCGGAAGGCCAGCAUGUCUGGGGAGGGUGUCGGAUGUGUGUUUAGUGUCUCAGGCGUGGCAGAUUCACUCACAGUCACCUUUGUCACUCUGGCUGCCCUGCUGGGCCUCUGGGACAGGCACGUCUGCUUGAUUGGGCGUGAUCUUUAGGAACAUUAGCAGGCCGGUGCAUUUGCACCUCUGCUGGGCUCAGCACCGCUCACCGCUGGCUCCCGAGCUCGCGCUCAGCACACCCCUCUGCCAGAACUCGGGUUGUGUCCUGGGCGCAGCUGUGGCGGGAGGGGCCUUUCUAGGGGGUGAGGAGGAAGGUCUUAGCUCUGAAAACACUGUGGAGACGACCUCAGCUGGACUCGCUUUGUCUGUUCUGACCUUGGCUGAGUUUUCUCUAUUUAAACAACUGCAUGGAGAACUGAUUUCAUAGAGAAGGGUUUUGAUGUCACUUUGGGGGUGGAAAGCCUCAUCCUUUCUGCUGGGGAGCAGAUCUCUGGAUAUCUUUAGGUACGUUGUGCCAGUCCAGAUUUUCAGCAUUAGGGAAGUCAAAACAAAGAUCACCAGCUGCAUCGACUGGAACCGGGAUCCACCAUUCAGAGUCUUUACUUUCAGGCAGUGAUGAUCAUUAAGGUGACCUAUAAACUGGGAUGAACCUUGUGGUCCACUCUGGGUUUUCUACGGGCCACCACGCACUAUAUAUGGAGCCUCACUUCAAAAGAUUGAAUAUUGACUGUUAAAACGGAACCUACUUUUGUGUGCUUGUUCUCAAGACCACUGUGGAUCUGUUAACCUCCUUUUUCUCCCAUGGUGGGCUUGUUCCGGGCAGUGGGUAAAACGGGGUGGUCCCGGGAGGGGACGGUGAAGAAAGGAAGUGACUGGCAGCAUCUUACGCUGUGGUGAGCAUCAGUGCGAGUGUAAGCACACCUCCAGGCACCGGAAAGGCGGUGAGGCCACGCCUCCAGGCACCGGAAAGGCGGUGGAAGCCACGCCUCCAGGCACCGGAAAGGCGGUGGGGGCCAAUCUUGUCCGGAGCGAUGUGUGUGUGUGUGUGUGUGUGUGUGUGUGUGUGGCAAGGUGCCCAUGUUGCCAGCAUUGUUGAUGUGGCAGAUGAAGUAGGAAGUUUGGCUGUGACGGGACAUGCCCACUUGUGGAGCGGGGUACCAGUGACGGAAUGGGAGCCUUUGGGAUGUAACGGCUGUGUCUUGAAUGUUCACAACACGGCAGAGCAUCACCUGGGUGUUGGUGGUAGACCCUGCUCCUUGGGGACUCCGGAUGGUGUAGAUCUUCGACCGUGCACGGAGGCAGGAGAGUGGGAACUCGGGGGACAGGCACCAGGUGUGUCCUCUGCUGUUCAACCAGAGGGCAUCUGCUUCCUCUGCCCUUGGAUUUCCAUGUCAGGUUUCGCUGAAAGUUAGAAACAAUUAAUCCAAGGCACACGUUACCCAUUGUUUGUAUUGGAUUUUUCUGGUCACGCCUCCACUCACUGUUUGUAUUACUUAUGCAACUUGUGACCUUAUCUGUUCUCCCCUGCUCCUUUCUUAAGGUCAAUCGUAUUUCUGUGCUUGAGAUCCUCCAGAUUUUGUCAUCGUUGAGGGAUCCCUGAAUGACCCAAGUCCAACACUUUUCAUAUCUUCAUUGUUCGGCCGGGCUCAUGACAUUUUCCUGGUUACCCUAUCCAUAUCCCUCCCUUUAACAGUGAAGUGUCGGAAACACAAGCUUUAAGAGAAAAGUUCCUUUUGUAAGGAUCACAGAUGACCAGUUUCUUCAGAGAAUCGAAAGGCAGUAGAGCAGGCCCAUGGGCACGUCUGUCCUGAGGGCCCUCUUUGGGGUGCUGGCUCUGGUGAAGUCACACCCACAAGAGCUCGUGUCCUGUGAGUGACUGUCACAGCAGAUGGGAGUCAGGAGGUGGGCACCUGGCUGUGGCUGCAGCAGGUCUCCGGGCGCGCUCCCUCUGCUUCUGCAGGUGAGUCGUCCCGACCUACCCUGCCCCUCCCUGCAUCCACUUUGCCAAGAGAUUGGACCAGGCAAGUGGCCUAUGAUCCCUGGGCCAGAAAGAGCUCUUUCUGACGUGUCAGGAGUGAAGGCAAAAUAUAGGUGAGCACCUUGGGGCCCAGAGCAGCCAAAAUGAAGGGGUCAGAAUGGGUGUCUUGCCAUUUAACCUGCUAUCAUAGGUACCGCUAGUUAAACAGUCUCCAUUUGAAAACCACAAAAGUCCAAGAAAGCAGAAGCACGUGGGGAGGCGGAAACCUUCCCAUCUCCUUAGGAAGAAAAACUCAGUGUAAAAUGCAAUUGUGGCACAUUUCCGUCUAGCUCUCAGAGAAACUGUUGAUAACAAUAGAAACCAUGUCAAUUUCCCAUUAAAGAGCCGGUUGCUGGGGUGUAGACAUAGAUGAGAAGUGUGUUGCAAUAAUGCAGCUCAGGAUCAGGCAGCACACAGGGAGGUGGGGAGCGUCGGUAGGCGCAUGAGUCCUAUUUAUCCUCAGAGCCCUGAGGUCCCAUGAGGAACUUUACAUGGAAUAUACUUACUGAGUGAGUGAGCAGACGCCUAGUUUGUGAUAUUUUCAGCAUAGGGCCAGCUAGCCUGGAUAAAGAAUUAAAUUUAGUAAUCCUCUCGUUAUUAAAUCAGAUUAUACUUUGGGAAUAUUUACAAACCAGAAAUGGAUACAUAAAUAUUAUUUGCCAUAUAUUGAUUUUCUGAGAGUCGUGCUUCAUGGCCAUAUAUUUCGUAAAGACUGAAGAUGUGACACUGAGGGAUAGAAAUGCCAAGUUUUCUUGCACCUUGUUGGUGAAUCUCGUGAUUCCUCAAGUUAUAGCUGCGCAGGAGAGCUGUGCAUUGCAGAAAAGGUAAGGGACAUUAGUUUUGGUUUGAUCCUGUGGCUAAGGUUGCUGAUGGAAAUGCUGUCUUUGGUAUUCUCACAUACGAAAGAAAAGCUGAACGGGAUGAACAAGUCUCUAAAGGGAAACACCUUUGAAUGAGCGGGGAAUUCUGCAGAAGGUACGAAUGAUACUCUGGGCUC